AUGCACAUCUUAACUUUCCUUUCCCUCGCCGUCUUCCUCUCUCCCAGAUCCGUGUUCGCAUCCGCCGUCCGUGACAACACCUCCCCAUCCCCGGCCUUCUCCGUCCCCUUCCUACAAAUCACACCGGCCCCGGACCCGUCCCACGUCUCCCGCCGCCUCCAUCUCCUCAAACCCCGCCAAGGCCCCCCGCGCUCGCCGGACGGCAAGACGGGCUUCAUAGGCUGGUACACCUUCUCUGACGCCUGGGUCUCCGCGACGUGUCCCUCGGACGACUACUUCGCCGCCGACGAGACGUACGGCGUCUGCUGCCCGCGGGGCACACCGUACUGCGACCUGGCGACGGUCUGCGGAGGCUCGAAUAACAACUUCGCCGUGGGGCCGAGCGGGCAGGCUGACUGCGGGCCGACGAAGACCUGCGACACAAUCACUGUCUUGCAGACCAAGGGAAGCGACGACGCAAGGCGGAUCAUAUUCUGCAUCGCCAAGUCGGACCAGUAUGUCCUGCCGAUGACCUGGUACCGGGUGACGUUUCCUCUUCUCGAGGCUACGGUGACCGUGACGGAGAGCACGACAGUGACGGCGAUCAUUCAAGGCGGCAGCUCGGCUCGUGGGUCAGACGGCUUUGUGCAUCCUCCGCCGGUGAGAUGGGGGCUGGCUGUGGGCUUCGUCUCUGUCUUGAUGUUGAUGACAGCAUGA